AUGGAAAUUCCACAAAUCACCUCCAAACUCUCCACUCGACCUGUCCAAUUCCCAGAUUGCUGUCUCUCCAUAUCCACAACCCUACUCCAUACCCUAGCAAGUCUGCUCCCCAGACAGCCCGGAUUCACACUCUCCAUAGGCAGCGGCUCAGGUCUCCUUGAAGCACUUGUCUCGCAGUCUGAUCCUCAAAUAUCCAUCGAGGGGGUCGAAGUGGCUUCGGAUGUGAACCGGUACAUUGCCGAGGAACAUAUGCAUGUCGCAGGUGGUGCCUGGGAUCUGUAUGCUCGGGCGAAGCAGGCUAGUGCGUGGAUGUUUGUCUAUCCGCGGGAACCGAGAUUGGUCUCGAGGUACAUUGAGACCUAUGGCAAUGGGGAUGAGAAUGGGGAUGGGAGGCCUGAAAUGAUUGUUUGGUUGGGGCCGAAGGUGGAUUGGGUGGAUUAUGAGGUGUGUUUUCGGCAGUCAAGGUACUGUGAGUUAUGGGUUUUGGGGGAGGAGGAAGGGUUGGCGCCUUAUGAGAGUGCUGUUGUGGCCAGGCGUGUGUAG